AUGGGGGUCACCUCCAGCAAGCUGGAAAAGGCCCUCAGCGAAUUUCCAGAGACGGAGCGGUACUUUGGCCUGGAGAACUUUGGGAACACCUGCUAUGCCAAUUCGGUGCUGCAGUCCCUCUACUUCUGCCAGCCUUUCAGGAGGCGGGUCCUGGAGUACGCCCAGAGCAGCAGCUAUAAGGAAUCUGAGGAGAACUUGCUCACCUGCCUGGCGGACCUCUUUGUGCAGAUACAAUCACAGAAGCGGAAGACUGGCAUCAUAGCACCGAAGCGGUUUGUGCAGCGGUUGAAACGGGACAAUGAGCUCUUCAGGAGCUACAUGCAUCAGGAUGCGCAUGAGUUCCUCAAUUACCUGCUGAACGAGUGCUCCGAGCUGCUGGAAAGGGAGGCCAAGGCGCGCGCAGCAAGAGAGGACGCCUCAGGGCAGGUGUCCUCCAGCAGUGCUGCUGCUCCAGCUCAGCAGCAGUCAGAGGGGCAGUCAGCAGAGCCGGAGCAAGGCAGCAGCCAGCAGCAGAGUCAGGCAGCUCCAGCUACAUGGGUGCAUGAACUUUUCCAGGGGUUUAUGUUGAACGAGACAAAGUGUUUGGAGUGCGAGACGGUGACUAGCAGAGAGGAGGCCUUUUACGACCUCAGCCUAGAGAUCGAGCAGAACUGCUCCCUCACAGCCUGCCUGCGCAACUUCAGCGCGACAGAGACGCUGGAUGCGGACGACAAGUUCUUCUGCGACAAGUGCAAGAGCCUGCAGGACGCGCAGAAGGUCAUGAAGAUCCGGGCGCUGCCGCGAGUGCUCUGCCUGCACCUCAAACGCUUCAAGUACAUCGAGCAGCUCGACAGGAUGCGCAAGCUGGUGUACCGGGUGGUGUUCCCCUUUGAGCUGAAGCUGCGCAACACUUCGGAGGACUGCGCGCACGUGGACGACGCCUACCAGCUCUUCGCAGUCGUUGUGCAUGUCGGCAGCGGCCCCAAUCAUGGGCACUACGUGAGCUUUGUAAAGAGCGCGGAGCAUUGGCUCUUCUUUGACGAUGACAUGGUGGAGCCCAUGAGUGAGCAGCAGGUGCACCUGGCCUUCGGCUCCACUCAGGAGUACAGCAACACCAUGGAGCACGGCUACAUCCUCAUGUAUGAGCGCCAACCCUGCAACGGCGCAUGCUAG